UCAAAAUAAAAUGUCAGAUCAGUGACAAUUAAUCGUAAAUAAAUCUAACUUAGUUUAGUUCUUUCUGUAAAUAAGUGCAUAAUUUAUAUAUUGCAAAUUAAAAUCGAUUGCUGUACAAUUUGUGUAUGUAGUCUUAGUUUAAAGUGAAUUGAAAAUGAAAGUGAAGUCUAUUUGGAAGGAAGAUGAACUAACCUGCAAACCGCUCGAUACAUACAGUGAAAUAUUAUUAUUUUUAGAAAGUCCUCCUUCGUGGAGAUCUUUAUGUAAAGAAUUACAGUUACAUAGUAAAAAAAUAAUAAAGAAUAUUGAGAUAAACAAACAAGCUGCAGUAAUCCUUGAUAACCCACAUAUAUUUUGUCAUUUCGAUCCGGAUACGGAUGAUAUAGACCGGCACAAUGAAUCUAAUUUACCCAAGACGUUGGUAUGCCAUGAUAUGGCUAACGGAUAUCACGAUGAUAGCAUUAUCGACGGUACGGGCCAGCACGACGCGUACACGUUCUACAACUGGUCGGGUAUCGACAUCUUCUGCUACUUCAGUCACCACCUCAUCACGAUACCGCCACUCGGCUGGAUUAAUGUGGGCCACGCGCACGGCGUCAAAGUUAUUGGUACGGUCAUAACAGAAUGGGGGAACGGCAUUGCGUUCUGGGACAAAAUGUUGGAGUCAGAAGCUCAGUAUCAGGAUUUCGCAAGCGCCCUCGUGGCCAUCGCAAAAACGCUGAAGUUCGAUGGGUGGCUACUGAACGUUGAAAAUAAGGUGACGAAACCCGCGAUGCUGCUGAAGUUCGUGCGCUACCUGCACAAGAUGCUGCACCAGGAGCUGCCGGCGCCGGUGCUCAUCUGGUACGACAGCGUCACCAUAGACGGACACCUCAACUGGCAGAACGGGCUCAACCACAAAAAUAAAGAUUUCUUUGACGCCUGCGACGGAUUCUUCACCAACUACUCGUGGACGGAGGCGGACGUAGCGUCGAGUGCGAAGGUGGCCGGUGAUCGCCUCACCGACCUCUACAUCGGCAUUGAUGUGUGGGGCAGGAACUUCUACGGAGGCGGCCAGUUUAAUAUACGGGAGGCAGUGGAAGUAGCCUACAGCCAUGGGUGUUCCUUGGCCAUUUUCGCGCCUGCCUGGACCCACGAGGCGAUGAGUCAAGACAAGACUGGCUACAACGCUGUCGCAGUGGCCGACGAUUUGGACGCUUACGAUCAGUUCCUGUUGAGGGACCGCGCGCUGUGGGGCAGUAUAUGGCCCUUCUUAAAUACUAGGCUACCUUGCACGCUGCCCUUUCAGACUUCCUUCUGCAGAGGACAAGGAAAGAAAAGAAGAUUAUAUGGAGAGGUUUUAUGUCCUGUACCAUGGUACAACUUGCGACAUAUGCAGUACCAGCCCAACGCAAAUCACGGCCCACACGGCUACCUCCUUUCUACAUUGGACAACAUCAUGACUGUCUCCCAAAAAUGUAUCGUUAGAGACCCAAAAGGAAUCAUAAAAUAUCGGGAAUCAUUCCUCACCAGCAGACAAGAGUUACACUCUUUAAAAAGUAAAGAAAGUGGAACCGAGGUUAAAUGGUCAACUACUAACGAAGUGAAUGCACAAGUCGAAGAUAAUGUUAUAGACGACUCUGAUGAUGAAACGAGUACCGUUAAAAAGAAAAUGAAGCGUACUUUUCAAAAUUUAUUCAAGAAAUCAGAAAAGAAAACUGAAAUUGGCGGGGAAAAGGAAGACGCAGCGGUAACGGAUGAGAGAGAUGUUGAUCAGGAGUCGGGUCCGAGCACAUCGACUGGACAGUCAAUGGUGCAAAUGCCCGUGAAUUUAAGACAGGCGCAAGCGCAGGUGAAGACGCGGUAUGCACUAGCUUGCGUCCCCGAUGAGCUGGAGUGCCUUGAAGUGUGCUUGGAAGACAGUUUUAUUGGAGGUUCUUGUUUAAAAGUAAAUCCUUCCGAUAAGUUGUCACCCGAGCACAGAAUGACUAGGAUCUUCCAUUGCGAUUUCCAAUGCAAGGACACGUUAAUCGUUUGCGUGGUGACAAAAACAUUGACCGAGAAUGAGGAGCAGUUCUUAAACAUUAAACUGCAUGCAAGGAAUGCGACGGGCGAGGAUUUGAAGGUGGUGCUGGUGGGGCGCGACUUACCGGCGCAGCAGCAAGUUAUCUCCGCCGUCAACCAGACCACGUCGGGUACUCUGAGCGUGUACCCGUUGAAUGUAACGAGCAGCGAGUUUAGGGAAUUACAGAAGUACCUGCUGUUCAAGGAGCCAGGUUUCUAUAUUUCGGUGGAAAAUUCUUAUGGGUGGAGAAUAAGGUACUACGAGGUGCAGGUGGCGGGGCUGCAGGUGUCGUCGGUGAACUGCCGCACCGGCAUGGAGAGGGGAGGCGUCCUGCUCGGCUACUUUGGUCUCUGUCAGCGCUCGCAAAACCCAGAACAAUGAGACAAACCCUGUUGCACCUUCUUAACAUGAUGACGGAAGAAAUUGAAAACAUACCUAUUGUGACUAAACACUUUAUUGUACAGGGUGUCAAACUGGAUAUGUGACAAUGUCCCAUGUCACCAUUGCUACACUCAGCACCUAAUAGCAAGAUGCACGUGACAGAUCGUUGAAUUAGGGAAAAGUAUUUACAUGUACUUAGAUAUUCAACAAAAUAAUUGAUCGUGGGACUUUAAAUCUAUGAUUAAAACUUCAAUUUGAUAUCACAGAGAAAUAAUGUAUUUUUUUCAUAAAGUAUUUAUUUAUUGGAACCAUAAAAUAUUUUUUACAAAUUACAAAAGUAGGUUAGUAAAUAUUUAUAAAUAUUUACUAACCUGGACCAAGGACGUGUGAAAUAAUUUUUUAAUAGAUUUAUGUCCAAAUUGUUAUUUUAAAUUUACGUUUUGAUGGCCCAUGGUACUUUUGCGUAAUGAUCAAAUUAAAAUAUUAGUUUACGAGAUAGAUUUCGAAAAAUCGAGUCCAUUCAUAAUAAAAUACUUUUUUAAGAGUCUUUAUAACGAAACAUUGGUGUGGAUGACGCUGGUCAAUUCGCCCAUCGUCACGAACUCCACAAGUAUUAUCUAUGAUGGUUUACAUGGGGCAUUGCUAGUAAUAUAACCUGAUAGGGACUACCUAUUUACCAGAUUUACUAGAGGGAGACUGUACAAAAAUCGAUUGCUUUGGUACUUCUGUCGUGAAGCAGUUGUGUUUGCAUGGCUGUGUUUCGGUUUGAAGGAUGGGAUAUUGCAGUGAAUUUACAGGGUACAGAGGAAUAACACCUGAGUCCUCAGGAAUGGCAACGCAUGGGGGGUAUCAUGGGCGAAACAGUAUACUCUGUUAUGUCCAUGGUACUGCUCAUGUUUAUAGGCGACGGUUACCACUUUACAUUAGGUGGACCGUCAGCUUGUUUGCCAUUCUAAAUUGUAUAUAAAAAAAAAAAAAUUAACAGCUUAUUAAUAAAAACGAAAUGGUCAUAAACGUUCAUUGCCUUUUUUAUAUUAAAAAAUGUAUAAAUAAAUUAACUAUAUUAUAUGGUAUUGUACAAAAUAUUUAAUGUAUUUACACUAUUAUAAGUUCUGCUAAAAUAAACAUAAAAUAUU